CCCGCGCUCCCGCAGCGCCGCCGCUCCGGCCCCCGCCCGGCCCAACUUCCCGCACAGCCGCGGCCGGGACGGGCCCGGCCGGGACGGGACGGGACGGCGGCGCGCCGCUGGGCUCCUCCUGAGGCUUGAGCGGGCGAUGCCGCUCGCCGCCGGGCGCCUGGCUCCCGGGGCGCGGCGGCUCUCGGCGGCGGCCACUGCCCCCACUGCCCCCUCGGGCGGCCCGAGAGCAGGUUUGACUGUAGGUACCAAAGCGGGGAUCGACGGCGCAUAAAGAUGCUGAAGGGUGUUUGGUUGCUCAGUUUGUUAACAGUGGCUGGGAUCUCGUGGACAGAGAGUCGCAAACCUGCCAAAGACAUUUGCAGCAAGAGCCGCUGCCCUUGCGAGGAGAAAGAGAACGUGCUGAACAUUAAUUGUGAAAACAAGGGAUUUACAACCGUCAGCCUCCUCCUGCCGCCCCCGUCCAAGAUCUACCAGCUGUUUCUCAAUGGGAACGCACUGACGCGCCUGUUCCCCAAUGAGUUCGUCAACUAUUCCAACGCCGUGACCCUGCACCUGGGCAACAACGACAUGCAGGAGAUCCGCACAGGGGCCUUCAGCGGCCUCCGCACCCUCAAGAGGCUGCACCUCAACAACAAUAAGCUGGAAGUGCUGAAGGAAGACACCUUCCUGGGCUUGGAGAGUCUGGAGUACCUGCAGGCUGAUUACAAUUACAUCAGUGCCAUUGAAGCCGGGGCAUUCAGCAAGCUGAACAAGCUCAAGGUGCUGAUCCUCAAUGACAACCUCCUGCUGUCCCUGCCCAGCAAUGUCUUCCGCUUUGUGCUCCUCACUCACCUGGACCUGCGGGGCAACCGGCUGAAGAUGAUGCCUUUUGCUGGUGUGCUGGAGCACAUUGGAGGCAUCAUGGAAAUCCAGCUGGAGGAAAACCCUUGGAACUGCACCUGCGACUUGCUGCCACUCAAGGCCUGGCUAGACACCAUCACUGUGUUUGUGGGUGAGAUAGUCUGUGAAACCCCCUUCAGGCUUCACGGGAAAGAUGUGACCCAGCUCACCAGGCAAGAUCUCUGCCCUAGGAAAAGCUCCAGUGAUUCAAACCAGAGGGAAAAACACCCUAUCCUCUCAGACCCACACAUCUCAAGGCUAUCGCCCACAGCCAACUCUGCCAUCAAUCCCACCAGGGCCCCAAAAGCCAGCCGGCCACCCAAAACUAGGAACCGUCCCACCCCCCGUGUCUCUGUGUCAAAAGACAGACAAAUAUUUGGACCUAUCAUGGUUUACCAGACAAAGUCUCCUGUGCCCAUCACCUGCCCAGCUGGCUGCAUCUGUACGUCCCAGAGCUCAGACAACGGCCUAAAUGUUAACUGCCAGGAGAAAAAGAUAAGUAACAUCUCUGAUCUCCACCCCAGGCCAACCAGUCCAAAGAAACUUUACCUUACCAGUAACUAUCUGCAAGUCAUUUAUAGAACCGAUCUCACAGAAUACAGCUCUCUGGAUUUGCUACAUCUAGGAAAUAACAGAAUUGCAGUGAUACAAGAAGGUGCCUUUACAAACCUCACAAGUUUACGCAGACUUUAUCUUAAUGGCAACUACCUUGAGGUUCUGUACCGAUCCAUGUUCGAAGGGCUGCACAGCCUGCAAUAUCUCUACCUAGAGUAUAAUGUCAUUAAGGAGAUCCUGCCACGCACAUUUGAUGCUCUGAGUAAUCUUCAUCUGUUAUUUCUCAACAACAACCUGCUCAGAUCUUUGCCAGAUAAAGUCUUUGGAGGCACUUCCCUCACCAGGCUCAACCUUAGAAACAACCAUUUCUCACACCUGCCUGUGAGAGGAGUCUUGGACCAGCUCUCAGCUCUGAUUCAAAUAGACCUCCAAGAGAACCCUUGGGACUGCACAUGUGACAUCCUGGGGCUGAGGAACUGGAUAGAGAAAGUCACUGACCAGAACAACCAGCAGUCAAAUCCCCCUGUAGUUAUCAAUGAAGUAAUAUGCGAGUCUCCCACCAAGCACUCUGGGGAGCAUCUGAAAUUGCUGAGCAAAGAAGCCAUCUGCCCAGAAAACCCCAACUUGUCAGAUUCUUCUGUCCUGUCCAUGAACCAGAACACCGGUACCCCUCAUCUCGGUGUCUCACCCAGCUCCUACCCAGAAUUACACACUGAAGUUCCUCUGUCUGUCCUAAUUUUAGGCUUGCUGGUUGUGUUUAUUUUGUCUGUUUGUUUUGGGGCAGGUCUGUUUGUCUUUGUCCUUAAGCGCCGGAAGGGGGUGCAGAGCAUGCCCAGCAGCGCCAACAACGUCGAUAUAAGUUCAUUUCAGCUCCAGUAUGGGUCUUACAACACUGAGACCCACGAUAAAACUGAAGGACAUGUUUAUAACUACAUUCCCCCUCCUGUUGGACAGAUGUGCCAAAACCCAAUCUACAUGCAAAAAGAAGGGGAUCCUGUUGCCUAUUACAGGAAUCUCCAUGAGUUUAGCUAUAGCAGUCUUGACCACAAAAAAGAAGACCCCACCAGUCUUGCAUUUACCAUCAGUGCAGCUGAAUUACUGGAAAAGCAGUCCUCACCAAGGGAACCAGAGCUGCUGUAUCAAAAUAUUGCAGAAAGGGUCAAAGAACUCCCCACCGGAGGAUUAGUUCAUUAUAACUUUUGUACCUUACCCAAAAGGCAGUUUGCCCCUUCCUAUGAAUCCAGACGCCAAAACCAGGACAGGAUAAAUAAAACUGUUUUAUAUGGAACUCCCAGGAAAUAUUUUGCAGAACAGUCUAAACCUGAGCAUCCUUUACUCCAAGGAAAGCUACAAACAGAACCAGACUACCUCGAAGUUCUGGAAAAACAAACUGCAAUCAGUCAGCUGUGAGGGGGGAGGUGGGAGACAAAGGAAAUUUUUUAAAUGAGCUCAGCAUCACAUUUCUUUGAGUUUGAACUCAGUACUGAUGUCAUCUGUCGCGUUCCCAACAUUUCCACUUUUUUAAACCAGAGAAGGAGUGAGAGAGAAAAGGAACCCUUGCAGCAUAGCAGGGAUGUGGUGUGGCUUUUACAACGUUCCCUUUAAGUUAUUUCUAUAUCUCUCUCCUUUUGACCCUUCUCUAGGAACUGUCAUUGCAAAUGUAUCUUUCUGUAAUAGAUCUUGCAUAGUUCUUUUUUGAUUUUGGAGGAAAUGAAGAAGGGGGUCUUUGCGGUUUCUGUUGUUUUUUUUUUUCUUUCCAUUUCAAAAUGGAAACUUAAUGUAUUAUGUAGAAGAUCUCCAAAGAUCUUUUUUCCUGGACUAUGACUUUCUUUUGUAAAUAAUAAUAUACAGUACUGCUGUUUCAAUUACCGACUAUAGCCACUGGGCGUCACUUUUUUGUGUUAAAGUGCCUUUGCACUUAAAGUACAUUAUUACUUAAUUGUUGCUCUUAGCUUUGAUAAAUUGAACCUAUUUUAAUGUGUUGUAUUUUUGAAAUUAAAAAAAAUUGUAAAAUAGAUCUAUA